AUGGGAAAAAUAUUUCUUGACCACAUUGGAGGAACUCGGCUGUUUCUUUGUGCUGCUUGUGAUGUCGUCCUUACAAAUCGAUCAGAGCUUAUAAGUACAAGAUUCACUGGAGCUACAGGCCGUGCAUUUCUGUUCCACAAAGUAGUAAAUCUAAUUUAUUCUGAGGUGCAAGAUCGUGUUAUGUUAACUGGUAGGCAUAUGGUGCGAGAUGUAUCUUGCAAAAACUGUUGCACUAAACUUGGCUGGGUGUACGAGUUUGCUACUGAGGAGAACCAACGCUAUAAAGAGGGCAGAGUUAUUUUAGAAAGAGCCCUAGUAAAUGAAGCUGAAGGUUUUGAGGAGAUUCCUGUAAAUAAUGAUGAUUAA